AUGGCUACUCAGUAUGCUGCUCAAGUCUCUGCUACUCAGGUUGGUCCCUAUUUUGUUCAGCAGUAUUAUCAGGUGUUUCAACAGCAAAAGGAUUUUGUGUAUCAGUUUUACAAUGAAGCUAGCUCUAUGGUCAGAGUGGAUGGGGUAACCAGCCAAUCUGCCUCUGAAAUGGUGGAAAUUCAUCAAAUGAUCACAUCAUUAAAUUUCACUGGAAUUGAGAUCAAGACAAUAAAUUCUCUUGAUUCAUGGAAUAGAGGUGUUCUCGUGGUUGUUUCUGGUUCUGUCAAGUCAAGGGAUUUCAGUGGGUGGAGGAAGUUUGUGCAGACUUUCUUCCUUGCACCUCAGGAGAAGGGUUAUUUUGUAUUGAAUGAUAUUUUUCACUUGCUUGAUGAGGAAGUUCCUGAUCAACUUCCACCUUCAGCAGUACUGGAACAGGAACAUGAUUAUCAACCAGCUAUUUCUACUCAUCAUCCGGAGCUUCCAGGUUCUGACUAUGCUUUAGAGGAGGAGGCUGGGGUAUAUGUGGAUUCUGUACACAUUGAAGAAGAUGUGCCUGUCGAAGAGUACAGUUUUCAAGAGUAUCAGGAGGAGCAGGAUCCUGAGGCUGAAAUAGUAGAAGAGGACACUCCUUUGGAAGACACAAAUCCCUUACUUCAAAGUGUGGCGGAAACUGCACAAGAACCUGUGCCUGCCAUAGAGGAACCUGUUGAAGAGCCUCCUAAGCUGACUUAUGCUUCUAUAUUGCUUGCCAAGGGAAAAGUGGCACCAUCAGUCAGUUCUAGGCCAUCUUUCACUCAGAGCACACCACCUGCUUCAGAUUGGAACCAUGCAUCACAGCCCUCACUUCAGCAGUACCCUGUGACAUCUGUUGUAGUAGAUACUGAUGUGGAUGCAGUGGAUGAAAGUUCUCAACUGGAAGGAGAAUCAAAAUCUGUGUAUGUGAGGAACUUGCCACCUACAGUUACUAACGUGGAUAUUCUGCAAGAGUUUAGGACUUUUGGGAAAAUCAAGCAUGAUGGGGUUGUCUUAAGAAAUCGCAAGGAUGCUGAUGUUUGCUAUGCCUUUGUUGAGUUUGAAGACGUGCAGAGCGUUCAGAAUGCAAUCAAGGCUUCUCCAAUUCAGUUGGCAGGAAAGCAAGUGUACAUUGAGGAGAGAAGACCAAACACCAGUAGUACUUCACAUGGAAGGGGAAGAGGCCGAGGCGGCCGUUUUGGUGGAAGGACUCUCGGCAGGGGAGGCGAUCAAAAUGCCAAAGAUAACAACAGAUCGAAGAUCAAUGGUUUCCGUGGAAUUAAAAUGUUGGAGUGCAGCUGCCUUAAUUGGAGCAGAGUGACCUAUGUCUGGCAAAACGAGCCCGCAACUUUCUCUCUGCCCGCUCCGAUUCCUCAAUGGCCUCAGGGUUCAGGAUUUGGUAGCUUGAAAAUCAGAUUAGGAGAAUUAGAGGUUUGUGAAGUAACUAAAUUUGAGUUUGUAUGGGGAUUUAAUAUGUCUCAGCAUGGGAAACAGGGCAUUAGUUUCUAUAAACCAAUUGGAAUACCGGACGGAUUCUUUAAUCUUGGUCACUACUGCCAAUCUAAUGAAAAGCCUUUACGAGGGUUUGUUCUUGUAGCUGGGGAAAUGUUUAAAUCGGAGCCAGGACAUUGUUGCUACUCUAGUUCUGACUCCAUGCCCGCUCUCAUGACUCCUGUGGAUUAUACAUUAGUUUGGUGUUCAGAUGAUGGCGGUGAUGAAAAUUUUGAUACAUGUGGUUGCUUCUGGUUACCCCAACCACCUGAGGGUUAUAAAUCUUUGGGCUUUGUGGUGACCAACAGGCCAGAGAAGCCACAGUUAGGGGAAAUUAGAUGUGUCCGUGCUGACCUAACAGAUAAAUGUGAAGCUUAUCGUCUGAUAGUCAACACCCAUUCUAAGUUUUUAAAAGUACCAUUUAAGGUUUGGAGUACAAGACCUCUUCAUCGGGGAAUGCGUGGUAGAGGUGUCUCAGUAGGUAGUUUCUUUUGCAGUGGUCACUGGAUCCCAGGAGAAGAGCUGGAUAUUGCAUGCUUGAAGAACUUAGAUAAUUCAUUACAUGCAAUGCCGAAUCUUGAUCAAAUUCGUGCACUAAUCAGGCACUACGGGCCUACUGUCUUCUUCCAUCCUGAUGAGGCCUUUUUGCCAUCGUCUGUUUCGUGGUUCUUCCAAAAUGGGGCAUUAUUGUACAGAAAAGGUGAUUCAAUCGGCGUGGCAAUUGAUAGUGAAGGUUCCAAUCUGCCUAGGGGAGGGACAAAUGAUGGGGAAUAUUGGAUAGAUUUGCCAACUGAUGGUCGGAAGAAGAGGGUUAAACAUGGGAAUUUUGAAAGCUCCAAACUGUACAUACAUGUAAAACCAGCAUCAGGAGGGACUUACACUGAUAUUGUGAUGUGGGUUUUCUGCCCCUUUAAUGGGCCAGGAACUCUGAAAGUGGGAUUGAUGAACAUUUCUCUUAGCAAGAUUGGUCAACAUGUGGGUGAUUGGGAACAUUUUACACUUCGUAUUAGUAACUUUACGGGGGAGCUCUGGAGCAUAUAUUUUUCACAGCACAGUGGCGGUGUUUGGGUAGAAGCUUUUGAUUUGGAGUUCAUUGAGGGAAAUAAAGCCGUCAUUUAUUCAUCAAAAAGUGGUCAUGCUAGCUAUCCGCAUCCCGGAAAUUAUAUUCAGGGUUCCACAAAGCUUGAGAUUGGUGUGAGGAAUGAUGCUGCUCGUAGUCACUUUUAUGUGGAUUCAAGCACACAAUUCGAGAUUGUUGCAGCUGAAUAUCUUGGAGAUGGAGUCGUUAAUGAACCAAGUUGGUUACAAUUUAUGAGAGGGUGGGGCCCGAAAGUUAUCUAUGAUUCAAGAACCGAACUGGAUAAAAUCAUCAGUUUCCUGCCUUUAAUGCUUCGAUAUUCAAUUCAGAACAUUUUUAGCAAGUUACCUAUGGAGUUGUAUGGGGAGGAAGGCCCUACUGGGCCAAUGGAGAAGAACAAUUGGGUUGGGGAUGAAAGAUGUUAG